ACUUUAAACGUCCAGCUUGGGUUCCCACUUUUGACACGGCAGCAACCAAACGCUGAAAGGGCAGUGAGUGAACCAGAGCGUGGGGGACUCAGAACUCAGAACUUGGCUUCAUCCGGCGCCGUCACCUUCCCCAGAUGAUCGCAAUCCAUUUUGGUGGCAAUCCUGUCCUUUAAAAGCCCUGUCCUUUGCAACAAUAAUUGCCUCUCUUGCCCUCUCUGUAUAUCUCUUCAUCCACACGUCUUGGUUUACGCGAAUCUUAUUAUGGCAAUUCACUAAACAAUAUUAUCCCCUAUUAAUUGUCGGUGAAUCACCGGCAGACUACCAAGACAAUAACAGCAGGGGCAUACUCGUAACUCCGGCCACCACCCACCACUUCUUCUUUAUCAUCAAUACCGUCGCGCCGAUCUGAUAACACUCCAAACAAACAAAGAAUCUUCCAGCUGAAGCUCCAAUGGCUGAGUCAGAUCCCACCCACAACAAAACCCUGAUCGACGGCAACGUCCUAGCGGCCAUGUCCCUGGCCCGCUUCGGCGUCGACCACAUGUUUGGCGUGGUGGGCAUCCCCGUCACGUCCUUCGCCAACCGCGCCGUGGCCCUCGGCGUCCGCUUCAUCGCCUUCCACAACGAGCAGGCUGCGGGCUACGCCGCCUCCGCCUUCGGCUACCUCACGGGAUGUCCCGGCGUCCUGCUCACCGUCUCGGGCCCGGGCUGCGUCCACGGCCUUGCGGGCCUCUCCAACGCCAUGAUCAACGCCUGGCCCAUGGUCCUGAUCUCCGGCUCCUGCGACCAGAACGACGUUGGCCGCGGCGACUUCCAGGAGCUCGAUCAGAUCGAAGCCGUCAAGCCCUUCUCCAAGUUCUCCGUCAAAGUCAAGCAUGUCUCCGAAAUCCCCGACUCCGUGGCCCGAGUCCUCCACUGGGCCAGCUCGGGUCGUCCCGGCGGUUGCUAUCUGGACCUCCCGUCCGACGUGCUGCACCAAACCAUCUCCGACUCUGAAGCCGAGGCUUUAUUAGCUGCGGCGGAGAGUUCUAUAAAGCGCGAAGAGACUCCGAUCCCGAACCCGCCCGUUUCCGAUAUCGAGCAAACAGUGUCGUUGCUCAGAAAUGCGAAGAGACCGUUGGUUGUGUUUGGAAAAGGCGCGGCAUUUUCUCGAGCAGAGAGCGAACUGAAGAAGCUAGUGGAAACUACCGGAAUCCCGUUCCUGCCGACUCCGAUGGGCAAAGGGUUGUUGCCCGAUACGCACGAGCUGGCGGCGACGGCGGCGAGAUCGUUGGCCAUUGGCAAAUGCGACGUAGCGCUUGUCGUUGGUGCUAGGCUGAACUGGUUGUUGCAUUUUGGGGAGCCACCCAAGUGGUCCAAGGACGUGAAAUUCAUAUUGGUGGAUAUAAGCAAGGACGAGAUUGAGCUAAGGAAACCCAGUGUGGGUUUAGUCGGAGAUGCGAAACGGGUCUUGGAAAGGAUCAAUAAGGCGAUCAAGGACGACCCUUUUUGUUUUGGCAAGUCGUAUCCUUGGGUGGAGGAGGUAGCGAAGAAAGUGAAGGACAAUGUGGCGAGAAUGGAGGUCCAGUUGGCCAAGGUUGUAGUGCCGUUUAACUUCUACACGCCGCUGAGGAUUAUAAGGGAUGCGAUAUUGGAAUUGGGGAGUCCGGCGCCAAUACUGGUUUCGGAAGGGGCGAAUACUAUGGACGUGGGGCGGGCGGUGCUGGUUCAGACGGAGCCGAGGACAAGGUUGGAUGCUGGGACUUGGGGGACUAUGGGGGUUGGUUUAGGUUAUUGCAUUGCGGCUGCGGUAGCUUCGCCGGGCCGGCUGGUGAUUGCGGUUGAAGGGGAUUCUGCAUUCGGGUUUAGUGCAAUCGAAGUUGAGACAUUGGUUCGAUACCAGUUGCCGGUUGUUGUGAUUGUAUUUAACAAUGGUGGAGUAUAUGGGGGUGACCGGAGGAGUCCCGAAGAAAUUGAUGGGCCUUACAAAGAUGAUCCUGCACCUACUUCUCUUAUCCCUGGUGCAGCAUAUCACACUGUAAUUGAAGCUUUUGGAGGCAAAGGUUAUCUUGUUGGGACACCCGAAGAACUCAAGUCUGCUCUUUCAGAAUCCUUCUCUGCACGGAAACCAGCUGUUAUAAAUGUCACCAUUGACCCUUACGCUGGUUCAGAAAGUGGGAGGCUGCAACACAAGAACUGAUGUAGCCCCACCUUUUUCCUUUCUCUGAUUUGAGCAUCAUUUGCUGUCUACCAGUUUGCUUCUUUUUACUUGCUGUUUAAUAACGUACGAUUGUUACUUAUAUACAUAUAUAUAUAAAAAAAUUAAUAAUAAUAAUAAUAAUAAUAAUGUAAAAUUGUUGCCAA